CCCUCAAACCGCUUUCUCCCCCUCCCAGGCCCCUCCCCGCUCCCCCCCGCGCUGCCGCCGCCGUUUAACCCCUGGUGUGCCGCGCUGGCCUCCCGCCGCUGCCGCCGCUGCCCAGCCCCCGCCUCCCUCCGGCGGCCCCUCUCGGGCGAGUCCCUCUGUCGCCGCUGCUUCCUCGGCGCCUUCGAGGCCGAUGCCCGUCGCUCUCCUUCCGGGGGACCCCCGGGCGAGACCCCCGAGCCCGGCGCUGCGCUGGCCGUGGCCGUGUCGGGGGGGAAGGACUCGGCGGUGCUGGCUCACGUGCUGCGGAGGCUGCGGGGGGAGGAGGAGGAGGAGGGAGGGGAGGAAGGGCGGGGGUGGCGCCUGCUGCUGCUGGCGGUGGAUGAAGGCAUCGCUGGGUACCGGGAGGAGGCGCUGGGGGCUGUCCGGGCUGCCCGGGGGUCGCUGCCCCUCGUGGUGCUGUCGCACCGGGAGCUCUUUGGGUGGAGCGUGGAUGAGGUGGCGGCGGCGCUGCGAGGAGGAGGAGGGAGGGGAGGAAGGGCAGGGGGAGGGGGAGGAGGAGGAGGAGGAGGAGGGAGCCGCUGCACCUACUGCGGGGUGUGGAGGAGGCAAGCGCUGGAGAGAGGGGCGAGGCUGGUGGGAGCCGACUGGAUCGCUACUGGCCACAACGCCGACGACAUCGCUGAGACCGUCCUGAUGAACUUCCUGCGGGGAGACGUGGCCCGGCUGCGGCGGGGGGCCACCAGUAUGGCCACCAGUACACCCAGUAUGGCCACCAGUGCCACCAGUAUGGCCACCAAUGCCACCAGUAUGGCCACCAGUGUGCCCAGUGCCACCAGUGUGCCCAGUAUGGCCACCAGUACACCCAGUAUGGCCACCAACAGCCCCAAUGAGGCCACCAGUGCACCCAGUAUGGCCACCAGUGUGGCCACCAACAGCUCCAGUAUGGCCACUAGUGUGGCCACCAACAGCUCCAGUAUGGCCACCAGUGCGCCCGGUAUGGCCACCAGUGCACCCAGUGAGGCCACCAGUGCGCCCAGUGUGGCCACCAACGAGCCCAGUCUGGCCACCAGCAGUCCCAGUGUGGCCCCUGAGGGCUCCCAGGCCACUGUUGUGGCUACCAAGGAGUCCCAGGUGGCCACCACAGACCCUUCUGUGGCCACCAAGGAGCCGUGGAGGCUGCCAAGAGUGUCGUGGAGACCACAGAGACUGCAGUGGCCACACCAGGAGCUGCAGGAGCCACACCAGGAGCUGCAGUGGCCACACCAGGAGCUGCAGUGGCCACACCAGGAGCUGCAGUGGCCACACCAGGGGCUGCAGGAGCCACACCAGGGGCUGCAGUGGCCACACCAGGGGCUGCAGGAGCCACACCAGGGGCUGCAGGAGCCACAGUGGCCACACCAGGAGCUGCAGUGACUGCUACCAGGAGCUGCAGGAGCCACACCAGGAGCUGCAGGAGCUGCAGGAGCCACAGUGACUGCACCAGGAGCUGCAGGAGCCACACCAGGAGCUGCAGUGGCCACACCAGGAGCUGCAGGAGCCACACCAGGAGCUGCAGGAGCCACACCAGGGGCUGCAGUGGCCACAGCCAGGGGCUGCAGUGGCCACACCAGGGGCUGCAGGAGCCACACCAGGAGCUGCAGGAGCCACACCAGGGGCUGCAGGAGCCACACCAGGAGCUGCAGGAGCCACACCAGGAGCU